UCCUUCUCAAAAACUCUCCUUUCAAAAGUCUCACAAUCUCAUUUCCUUUGAAGCAAAGUUUGUUUUUGUGUGAUUUCAGCUAUCCCAAGUGGGUGUGGUUUCUGUUUCCUUGAAGCAACUGAGAGCAUCAAGGAAGAAACUUUUGCAGUUUUCUCAAAACACACGGGUGGGGUGGUGUUAAGGGGUGGAGUGGAGAGAUUAGUGGAAGAGAAAAAACGUAGAGAAAGGAAGAAACUUUGGCCGCAAGCAAGAGUUUUUGCAAAGGGGGUGGUGUGGGGGGUGGGUGUUUGGCCAAGUGAUGCGCUCAGGAGCCUGUACAGUGCAGCAGACCCUCACCACAGAGGCUGCUUCAGUGUUGAAGCACUCUCUUAGCUUGGCGAGGAGGAGAGGCCAUGCUCAGGUCACUCCUCUGCACGUCGCCGCCACGCUGCUAGCUUCAAGGGUGAGUCUUUUGAGAAGAGCUUGUCUCAAGUCUCAGCCGCACCACAAUUCUCAUCCUCUCCAAUGCAGAGCUCUCGAGCUCUGCUUCAAUGUGGCUCUCAACAGACUGCCGACCGUCACCGGUCCUCCACUUCACGGUCAGCCCUCUCUCUCAAAUGCCCUGAUUGCAGCACUCAAAAGAGCUCAGGCACACCAAAGGAGGGGUUGCAUUGAGCAGCAGCAACAGCAGCCUUUGCUCACCAUAAAGGUAGAGUUGGAACAGCUAAUCAUAUCCAUCCUAGAUGACCCUAGUGUUAGCAGGGUUAUGAGAGAAGCAGGGUUCUCUAGCACCGCCGUCAAGAGCAACAUAGAGGACUCCUCUGCUUCCUCUGUUUUUCAGUGUUAUAGCACUACCGGUGGAGUGUUUUCUUCUCCUUGUUCUCCUUCCCCUACUGAAACUCAGAGCAGUUUCUGGCCAACCCCUUUCUUGGCUUACUCUUCUGAGCAAAACCAAUUUUUAUUUUCACCUCAAAAGAAAGUGCCUGUUGCGGAUUCAACUUCUGUGAAGGAAGAUAUUAAAUUGGUAUUUGAGGUGUUUUUGGGAAAGAAGAGGAAGAACACUGUUAUAGUUGGUGACUCUUUGUCCAUCACAGAAGGGCUAAUAGCAGAGCUGAUGGGGAGAGUGGAGAGAGGAGAUGUUCCUGAAGGAAUGAAGCACACUGAGUUUAUCAAGUUCUAUUUUGCACCAGUUGCUUUAAGGCUCAUGAAAAAGGAAGAUGUUGAAAUGAAUAUCACGGACCUCAAAAGGAAAGUGAAUUCUGUUACAGCAGGUGGAGGGGGUGCCAUGAUCUACACAGGAGACUUGAGAUGGACUGUUGAAGAGAGUCUCAUCUCUGGUUAUAACCCAGUUGAUCAUCUGGUUUCAGAAGUAGGAAGGCUUGUUUCUGACUACAACAGCUCAAACACAAAGGUUUGGUUAGUAGCAACUGCAAGUUACCAAACAUACAUGAGAUGUCAAAUGAAGCAGCCUCCUCUUGAGAUCCAAUGGGCACUUCAAGCUGUUUCUGUUCCCUCAGGUGGACUUGGUUUGACCCUCCAUGCUUCCAGUGUCCAUGAUUCAAGGAUAACAGUCUCUCCAAACCCAUCUCAAGUGCUGGAAACAAAGCCAUUCGGUAUCAAAGAAGAGAAUGACAAUCUCUCUUGCUGUGCAGAAUGUACUUCAAAUUAUGAGAAAGAAGCGGAGAUGUUUAAGUCCAACCAGCAAAAGCUCUUGCCUUCAUGGCUGCAGUCACAUGGUCGCCAAAAGGAGGAAUUGCUUGAGCUUAAGAGAAAGUGGAGCAGACUGUGCCAUAGUUUACACCAAUUGGGUAAUUCCACAUUUUACAGUAACAGAAGCAGCUGGAGCUAUUCCCAUAAUGCAUGGUGGCCUGGUCAAAAACAGAGCAGCAUCUUGCCUGAUUCAGUGCCUUCAGUCUCAUUCUCCAAGCCAAAACUUGGUUCCCAUCUUGUGGCCAAAUUCCGACGACAAAACUCAUGCACCUUUGAGUUCAAUUUUGGUAAAGGAACUGAACCCAGUUUGGAUCAACUCAAAAACAGCGAAGGAAAGGAAGUAAAGAUUGAUCUCUCCCUCGGCAAUUCUCAGUUCUUUGAAAGAGAUGAAUUACGUAAAUUGCUGCAAGAGAAUGUGCCUUGGCAACUUGAAAGCAUUCCUUCAAUAGUGGAGGCCUUGAUGGAUGAAUCCUCCAAGAAUGGAACAUGGAUACUGAUUCAGGGGAAUGACACCAUAGGAAAAAGAAGACUGGCUCGCGCCAUUGCAGAAUCUGUUUCUGGCUCUGCCGAUUCCCUCUUGCUCAUCAACAUGGGAAAUGGUACUGAAGCAACCCCAUCUCCAGAGAUGCUGAUGGGAGCAUUGAGGAACAAAGAAAGGCUCGUUGUUUUGAUGGAAAAUGUUGAUUUGGCGGAUGCCCGUUUGACAAAAAGCCUACCUGAAGUAUUUGAAGAACUAAAAAAAGAAAGCAUUGGCCGCCAACCCAUUUUCAUUUUAACUAAGUCUGAUCCAGAUGGGGAAAGAAAGAAGCAUGAUCCCGUGAUCCAGAUGACAUUGAAGGUCAAUGCAAAAUCCCCCAACACCAGUAUCAAGAGAAAGGCAGAGUGGGAUUUCUCUAACAAAACCAAAAGUCCAAAAACAAACACCAUGAAAGACCUGUCCCUUGAUCUGAACAUAAAAGUUGAGGAAGAUUUUGAAGAAAGCCCCAUCUCAAGGUUCCUCAACUCAAUACCAAACCGCUACAUAUUCAAUGAAAAUCCAUCCCAAGACAGUGAAAUGAAAGAGGAAUUCACGGAGAAGAUGAGGAGAUCAAUGGAGGAGAUAAUCGGGGCCGAAACCGCAACCGAGUUUAGCGUAGAAGAUAGGGUUUUAGAUGAAAUUUUAGGUGGGUGUGGUUCAUUUGUAAACAGCCAGUUUGAGAAAUGGCUGAAAUACACAUUUCAAAGGAGCUUGGAAACGGUUAAAAAGGGCGGGAAAGAGGGUAUAGUUGAAAUGAAGUUGUGUUAUGGGGGUAAAGGUGAACAGGCCAUGGAAGAUGGAUUCGAGGGGUCAUGCCUUCCCUACAAAAUCCAACUUUCUUCCAUGGACUGAGUACAGUUCGGAUAUUUCCUUUGUGUUUUUUUUCUCCAUCGUCUUUAUUUGCUUCUCAUUUCCAGCUUUCUUCCUUCUCAUUUUCUUUACACCUCAAAUUUGCCACAAUCUUCACAUAAUCAUAAUUAACCAUGCAUAAAAGGAGUUCUGAUAA